UGUUUGUCUACACAUCGUACGGACAGAGGUUAAGAGGCGGAGACAGUGAGUGAUCCCGGGGUAACUAAACAGGCGUUUUCUGUUAAGCGCUUCAGAGCUGCUUUCACCUGCACAGGACUCAGUCUCAGGCUGUACAUGGAGAUCUCCGCGGACUCCGGAUGGAUGAUGCUGCCUACGCCGGACUCGGACGUUCCUCACGCAGGCUUGGGGCAGAGCACCGGGUACAUGGAGCCAUCAUUCUUACCUCUGGACGAAAUGGAUGGAUUCCUCAGUCAUACUGAUUCUCAAGCACAUCACUAUUUCCACACGCAGACACGAACAUCUUAUGGUCAAGUUCCAGCUCGGCUUCACGGUGGGUCUAUGUGCCAUCCUCACUUUCUACACACGCAAGCUUACCCUUGGCUGGAGGGCAGUAAAUCGACUCCUUCCGUGGUCGAAGCCAUAACCUGGUCACAGAGUCCUUUGGGAAAGGCUGCUGGAGGAACCGCUGUCGGGAUCUCGCCGGUGUAUCCAGGCCCGUGCGCUCAUGGCUCAGCUCCACUGGCGACGCGCUGCAGCACUCAGUUCUACUACCUGCCCCCUACACCGCCCACUGCCGCGGCUCCGGAGCCGGACGCCACCAAGUACCCGGCAGUUCUUCUCGAUGUGACGAAAAUGCAGACCACAGGCCCUCUCCAGAACUGUACGGCGCACGAGGCGGCUCCUGCGCGUGCGUUUCCUGCGUAUACACUAGCAGGGGCGCGCGAGCACGCGGCCGGUUUGUACUGCAAGAGCGCAGUAGAGCUGACGUCCAACCUGAAGGUCAAAGGGCGCACUUGUGCGGAAGGACGUGAGUGCGUAAACUGUGGGGCUACCUCUACUCCCCUGUGGCGACGAGAUGGCACAGGUCAUUAUUUGUGUAAUGCAUGUGGACUUUAUCACAAAAUGAAUGGCCAGAACCGACCACUCAUCAGACCCAAACGUCGACUGUCAGCGGCCAGGAGAGCAGGUACUUGCUGUUCAAACUGCCACACUGGCACCACCACACUGUGGAGACGUAACACCAAUGGAGAGCCUGUUUGCAAUGCCUGUGGCCUCUACUACAAACUGCACAAUAUGAACCGGCCACUCACCAUGAAGAAGGAAGGCAUCCAGACUCGCAACAGAAAAACAACCACCAAAUCUAAACGAAGGAAAGGCGAGAGUUCUUGUCAAUUUAAUUUCAGUAGAUUCAUGCAGGACAACAUUUCUCAUCACGUUAGCCUGACACCUCCUGUUGAGUUUCAUCCAGCCUUCAGCCACAUGCAUCAUCCCAACUUGGUGACUGCUCUGACUUGAGCACAAGGUGGAGAACUAUUUGUGCACCAGUGAAAUCACAGAAACCUUUAUUUAAAUGAUUAAGGUGUUUUAGAUGGAUAUGUUUUUGUACAUUCAAGGAUUAAAGUGAUGUCCAUUUUUUUAUUAUCAUAAGCUGACUGUAAUAAUGUGCACUUUAUACCAAAACCCUGUGACAUAUUCUAGGGCGGUUUUUAUAUAAUAAGCUUUUUUUAUGCAAAUACUGCAUUUUUUGGGGGGUUAUAUUAGAAUUACACAGUCACAAUAUUUGAGGGUUGCAAAAGAGGUACAAAAGGCAACCAUAAGUUUCCAUGCUGUUAAAUCAGGAUUUUACAGUUCACGUACAUGCUAUGAAAGUACUCUGUGUGCGUGUGUGUGUGUGUGUGUGUGUGUGAAUGAUAAAACUUUGAAUGCUAAACAUUGCAAAAGUCUUGUGCUAUUUGUUAUUUGAUGAUGCCACUUUCACCAUAUCCUUAAUGAUAUGACAACAGUUUUAAAAAUAACACAUUGAACAGCAUUUCAGAAACUAGCUCUCCCUGUUUACCUCCCUUCAGUGAAGCUGAAAUGUUCAUAUAUUGUACCCAUGUCACUAAAUAAAAUGAUAUUUAUCUGAUUUGAGAAAUGCCCAAUACAGUGAUUCUGAUUCUUUGUCAU